ACUUCGUCGAGAAAACAAAACCAUCUCGUUCUUUCCGUAGAAAAAAGGACAACUUUUUGGCUUUCGCCGCCUCCUCAUUUCGAUCGAUUCCAUCUCACCCGAUUGGCCGAUCGCCAGCUCCAUUCCUCGUGUGCGAAUCCAUCCAUUUGGAGGCCGAAUUAGAAGUGGAUCACGUGCGAAAUUUCGGGCAUCCGAGGAGGUAGUGGGGAAUUGUGAUGGCGAACCGGGUGAAGGAAGACGAGAAGAAUGAGAAGAUAAUUCGAGGGCUCUUGAAGCUUCCUGCCAAUCGGAGGUGCAUCAAUUGCAACAACCUGGGUCCACAAUAUGUGUGCACAAAUUUCUGGACAUUUAUCUGUACAAAUUGUAGUGGAAUACAUCGGGAGUUUACCCAUCGUGUCAAAUCCAUAUCUAUGGCUAAAUUUACUUCCCAAGAAGUUACUGCCCUUCAAGAAGGGGGGAAUGAGCGUGCAAGAGAAAUUUACUUUAAGAACUGGGAUUCACAACGCCACUUAUUUCCAGAUAGCAGCAACAUUGAUAGACUCAGGGAGUUCAUCAAGCAUGUUUAUGCUGACCAAAGAUAUGCUGGGGAGAGGCCUGGAGACAUGUCUCAGAGGCUGAAGGGCGAUAGGGACAAUAAUAAUGAAAACAAAAGUGAAGAAUCAUAUAGAGGUGGUUCCAGAAGCCCACCAUAUGAAGGUCGCUAUAGUCCUAGUUAUGGUGGUCGAAACGAUGAUCAACGUUUCAGAUCCAACUAUGGAGGAAGAAGUCCUGGGUCUAAUUUUGGAGGGAGUCCUGGAUACAAUCAGGGUGAUAUCAAGAGAAGUCCGACUCAUUUUGAGGUGGUAGAUGAUAGAGUUAAAGAUGACAAAGUUAGAAAUGGAAACCAAAACAGAAGGUUUGAAGAGCAUAGGUUUCCGCACAUGCCAAAGCCAGAUGGGAGAUCACCAGAACAUCAGAAAGAUGUUGGUAAGCUGAGUCCUCCGGCUGUGCGCCCUGUGAGCGAUAUCUUGGGUGAUAAGGUACCCCGACUUCAGGUUGGCAGCAUUCCUAAACCAAAUGGAUCCAGCGUACCUGAUGAUUCUGCUCAGACGAUGAGUUCUUUAUCUCCAAGCAGCAUAGGCUCUGCUGAUGCAAAUUCAGUGCAGAAGAUGGCAUACAUGGAUAGUCUUAUAGAUUUUAGUGUGGAUCCUGAACCUACUGUUGCUCCAAAUCCAGAGCAGUAUGUUCCUCAGCAAACUACCACUGUUGCUAGCGAUGGGGGAGAGUGGGCAGCUUUUAAUUCUGGGCAGCAAAGUGCACCUCAAGUGGCUCCUAAUGCAAACCCAUUAGUAUCAGGUCUUGCCCAGUUAUCAGUUUCAGGAUUAGCACCUUCAGGGAGUAUUUCAACUUUGCCUUCUGGAAUUGAUUUGCCCACAAAAGUUGGUAUUGGUGGGAGCUUGUCCACUGCAACAAAACAGCCAGCACCAUUAUUUUCAUCCAUGGAUAGCAUACCUACUGAUCAGCUAUCCAACGCAUCUGGAAUUGAAUCUUCAAACAACCAGAAAUGGUUGCCAUCUGCUCCACAUGGGCAAGGCUCUUUAAAUACCCCAAUUGCAAAUCCUGCUGGACAUCUUCCUAGAGUUGCUACUAGAGCACCACAAAAUACAGUCACGGGAGUUUCUUCACAACCAUCAUUGGAGGGAAAUACGUCUAGUGGGAGAAAAGAACUGCCAGAGGAUCUUUUUGCCUCACUUUAUCCAACUGCACCCCUAUCAGCUCCAAUUUGGCAAAGAGGGCUCUAUCCUGGUAUGGGGUAUAACAUGUAUUACCCAACCAGUCCGGUGGUGCCGGCAAUUAUUCAAUCUCCAAAAUCUGUGAACCCAUUUGAUAUAACCAGUGAUCCAGCUGCAAUGGUGACGCCUCUUCAAGGAGCAUUACCAAACAUGUCUCCUCCAGGCUCCAUACCUCAAAGUUCAAGUUUUCGAGCCCCUUCCCCACAUUGGAUGGCAUCACAACAAUCGCCCUAUGCAUUUAAUAUGUUGCCAAGUCCCUUUGCAAUGUCUCAGAUUCCAAACAACAUGCCUCCACAAAUAACUAAUGCCACGAUGUCUCUGGGUAAUCAAAGUGUGUUGUCUGGUACUUCAAACAUUGGUCAAAAUCAGUCUUUCAGUUACAACCAACCAAACACUCCAAAUUCCUUUGCUCCUGUGGGAAGCAAUCCCUUUGGAUGAACAUGAAUUUCGGAACACUAUUAUUUGAUAUUUAUGUUGGCAUCUUACCCAUUUGUUCCCUACGUGAAUCAAAAUUUCAUUGAGGACCUGACUUGAUGAAGCAACUACAAUCCACUCAAAGGUCCACAGUCUUUCUUCUGCUCUGAUAAGACUGAAAAUUCUAGUUCGUCAUGUGAAUGAAUUGAAGAACAAUGGUGAUUAGUGUCUGAUUUUGAUGAAGGUGUGCGAAGAGAUCUUCCAGACUAUAAUGUAAAUUUCUGUUUAUUAUUUGAAAAUUGCCAUGCUUGUUUAGGUUCGUUUUUUCCCCCCUUAUUGUCCUUUCGGUCUGUGCAUGUUGUUUAGUAGAUUGUGUGUCAAAAUUUUCCAUUGUUUGGAUGCCUUUUUUCCAUUUGUAAGUUUUGCAUCAUAUUGUGCCUGUAAACAUGUAAUAUUAGGAUCAGAUGGAUUUCUAAUAAUGAUAUGCAAGAUUUUCCGUUGAUGAUUGAACCA